GGAGUGUUUUCGAGUACUCCAGGGUGUGAUGUAUAAAGAUUCGAUGCCCCAGAGCCAAUGUGGUUUUUGUUUGUCACGAAUAUCUACCAUUCGCUGAAACACACAACGCAUUACUCGAUCGAUUGCUGCUUCCACCACAUCUCUCCUCACCACCGUCAACAUGAGCGAAGCAGACAGAAUCGGGCCUGACAUGACCCCAAAGAAAACAUUGGCUGACCGAGCCAAUGGGAUGCGCAAGACAUUCUUCACCAAGCAUGGGCUCGUCGGCGACUACGACUAUGGUUUCCUGUUCCGCCCUAACAUCCCUUUUCUCAAGAAGGACCGCCGGGCGAGUCCCUUCUUCGGCCUGAACGAUGAUAUGCCCGUUGUUCUGGCUCUCCUGCUGGGGUUCCAACAUGCUUUGGCCAUGUUGGCCGGCAUCAUAACACCACCGCUGAUCUUGACCAGCGCUAUCAAUCUCACGACUGAGUGGCAGCAAUACCUCGUCUCGACAUCCCUCAUCGUCUGCGGUAUCCUCUCUUCCAUACAGAUCACUCGAUUCCACAUCUACAAGACACCAUACUACAUCGGAACUGGAUUGAUCUCUGUGGUCGGUACCUCCUUUGCUAUCAUCCCGGUCGCUACGGGUGCUUUCUCUCAGAUGUACACGAAUGGUUUCUGCCCGGUUGCUGAGGAUGGAACACAACUACCAUGCCCGGACGCUUAUGGCGCGCUGAUUGGCACCUGUGCUGUCUGCGCCUUGAUCGAAAUCGCCCUGUCGUUCCUCCCACCACACGUGCUCAAGAAGAUCUUCCCUCCGAUUGUGACUGGUCCGACAGUCAUGCUUAUCGGUAUCUCCCUGAUUCAGAGUGGUUUUGAAGAUUGGGCUGGAGGCAGCGGGUCAUGCAUGUCUCGACCUGAUACUGGCAUCUACAGGCUCUGCCCUGACGUUUCGGCUCCACAUGCCCUUCCUUGGGGAAGUGCCGAAUUUGUUGGUCUUGGUUUCCUGGUUUUCGUCACCAUUAUCAUCUGCGAAAGAUUUGGCUCGCCAAUCAUGAAGUCGACAAGUGUCAUCCUCGGUCUGCUCACUGGUUGCAUCGUCGCUGCUGCUUGUGGAUACUUCGACAGAUCUGGUAUUGACUCUGCACCUGUUGCUUCAUUCAUCUGGGUCAAGACGUUCAAGCUGUCCGUCUACGGUCCCUUGGUCCUACCAAUCAUGACGGUCUUCAUCAUCUGUGCUUGCGAAGCCAUCGGCGACGUCACUGCUACCUGCGAUGUCUCGAAACUCGAUGUUGAGGGUCCAGAAUUUGAGUCGAGAAUCCAAGGCGGUAUUCUGGCAGACGGUCUCAACGGUUGUCUUGCAGCUUUGAUGACAAUCACCCCUAUGUCAACCUUUGCUCAGAACAAUGGUGUCAUUGCGCUUACACGAUGCGCCAACCGACGCGCUGGAUACUGCUGCUGCCUCUUCCUUAUCAUCAUGGGUCUUUUCGCCAAGUUCUCAGCGUCACUCGUUGCCAUCCCAUCUUCAGUCCUCGGAGGCAUGACUACCUUCCUUUUCUGCGCGGUGGCUGUCAGUGGUAUGGCAAUUGUCAGCCGCGUGCCUUUCAACCGUCGGACUCGAUUUGUCUUGACCGCAGCUCUGGCUAUUGGCUACGGCGCAACCCUUGUGCCCACCUGGUUUAGCUAUGUUUUUACAUAUGAGGGUGGCAAUCAUGCUCUCCGUGGCUUCUACGAUGCUAUUGUGUUGGUCUUGGAGACUGGCUUUGCCGUCACAGCCUUUGUCGCAAUGAUCUUGAACUUGAUCCUACCAGACGAGAUUGAGGACAUCCCUGCGGAGGCGGCUGAGGAGUCUCGCAAGCACUCGGCUGCUACCGGCACUGAUGAUGAGGUUUCCAAGGUCGCUAUGCCUACGAAAGAGGCUGUAUGAUUGUGAUGAAUGUUAUGAAGAAUGGGACUUACGGCCAUGAAAAGUGAAUACCUUUGUUCAGCUAAAUAGAAUGUCUAGAUAAUGAAGAGAUCUGUUUUAUA